CCACCUCCCGCUCGGACCAAUCUACCCUGUAGGUCUUCGCCGCCCCGCCCAAUACGCGUCCGCCCCCGGGCGCCUCCCAACAAGCGGCCUGUUGAUUGGCUCUUCUUUGCCGUCCGCCGUGUUGCCUAGCAACCGGGUUUCGGGGACGCGUCUGACGGGCCUCCAGGCCUCUGGCUACCAAACCUCCGGGCUCUGUACCAGCUGCGCUCGCUUCCGGCACCAUGUCGGUGCGGACGCUACCGCUGCUCUUCUUGAACCUGGGUGGGGAGAUGCUUUACAUCCUGGAUCAGCGGCUGCGGGCCCAGAACAUCCCGGGAGACAAGGCCCGAAAAGUUCUGAAUGACAUCAUCUCAACCAUGUUCAAUCGAAAGUUUAUGGAGGAAUUGUUCAAACCCCAAGAGCUCUACUCCAAAAAGGCCCUGAGGACAGUGUACGACCGCCUGGCUCACGCCUCCAUCAUGAGACUAAACCAGGCCAGCAUGGAUAAGGAUGUGUUGCUGGUCACUUUCAAUCAUUUGGAUGCCAUCAAGGGAUUCAUCCAAGACUCCCCAACCAUCCUGCAUCAAGUGGAUGAGACUUUCCAGCAGCUGACUGAAACAUAUGGGGGUCUCUCUGCGGGGGAGUUCCAGCUGAUCCGGCAGACGCUCCUCAUCUUCUUCCAGGACCUGCACAUCAGGGUGUCCAUAUUUCUAAAGGACAAAGUUCAGAAUUCCAACGGUCGCUUUGUGUUGCCAGUGUCUGGGCCUCUUCCCUGGGGAACCAAAGUUCCCGGACUCAUCAGAACAUUCAACAACAAAGGCGAAGAAGUGAGGAAGGCAGAAUUCAAGCACGGCGGGAGCUAUGUCGCUGCCCCCAAAGAAGGGUCUUUUGAACUCUAUGGAGACCGAGUCCUGAAACUGGGAACUAAUAUGUACAGUGUGAACCGGCCCGUGGAAACCCAUAUGUCUGGGGCAUCAGAGAACUUAGCUGCACAGACACAGGAAAGCAUUGCUCCAAACCCUCUUGCUAAAGAAGAGCUGAAUCUCUUGGCCAGGCUGAUAGGAGGCAUGGAGAUUAAGAAACCCAGUGGCCCUGAGCCAGGAUUCCGGUUGAAUCUCUUCACCACUGAUGAAGAGGAAGAACAGGCAGCGCUAACCAGGCCAGAAGAGUUAUCCUAUGAAGUUAUCAACAUCCAAGCUGCUCAGGACCAGCAGACGAACGAAGAGCUGGCUCGGAUCAUGGGGGAGUUUGAGAUCUUGGACCAGCCAAGGCGGAGUGCCAGCAAGGGCGAUGAUUUGCUUGCCAUGAUGGAUGAGUUAUAGCUGUGCUGACCAGGCACGCCCCUCCCCCUACAGAGAGGCUGCUUGAUGAGGACCCCGGGGGAUGCCCCAGGGAGCCAAACGAUGCUGCUAGUUUUCUACUAAGUGAAGCCCUUCCUUACCUCUUGUUCCUGUUUAUGUCCUAACGAACUGUGCGGGUCUCCCUCAGGGAGCACAGUCUCUGGAAGGCACACACAUAUUCAUAUUUUCAGCAAAAUAUAUUCUGGCUUUUAAAUUGGACCUUUCCCAUGUUCUUGCUAGUUUUAUGGCAAUCAAAGCAUCUGGAGCCACAGGUUCAAGCCUGAGAGUCAGUAAGAGGGCGCUCCUGUUGCCGUUUUCAUUACAGCUUUGCUCAGGGGACCUACUGCUCACAGAUGCCUGUGAAUCAUCACAAAACUUCAGCGCUUUCUGGGAUGUAUUCUGCCUUGUGAGUUUGACGUAAGUGGAAAAGGCAGUUGCCUCAAACAGUCGGGGCCCAGUUUAUACAGCCCUCCUCUCCCUGGCACACUGGGAACUGUCACCUCAGAGGCAGAGGAAGCAAGGCCGUGACAGGGAAUCCUCAGGCAGGCCCCGCGCAGAGCGUGUGGGUGUCUGUGGUUCUCCGCACAUCUCUCUAUCCAUAUGUAGUGUGGGCUUAUCCCAUAUGGAAAUGUGUACCAAGGAAACAGUUUGCUUUUUAAGAAUGAUACGUCCUCCUUACCCCCAGAGUCUUCCUCUGCCACUUAGUGUUCUUGCCUUCUAAAGACACCCAGCAUGAUGUGCCAUGACAUCUGUCUCCUCUGCUUCGCCAUUAGUGGCCAAGCAGAGCCUUAAGUUGGAUGUACGGGAGGUGCACAUGGUGUACCACUUUCCCUUCCGUGCACCAGAUGAGUGACUUCCCUUGGCAGGAUGCCAAGUCUAAUUGGGAUCCAUGAGAACUAUCUCAGGCCAGGGCUGCCCAAUUGGUUCAGGAAGGGGGGUCAGCCCUCCACCUCAUAGUCAUCCCGAAUUGAGUAACUGGCGGGCCCAGGAUCAGCCAAUAUCCAGAGGUCAAGGUACAUUCAAUUCCUUGGAAGCAAUACCCAGAACGGCAGAGGGUAGGAGAGAAACUGAGCUGAGCUGAUCAUUGCCUGAGAUUGAGCCAGCCACCAGGACCACUCAGGACCCUUGCACCCUAGCCAGAGUUGAGGCGAACAUAUUUCUGGAAUGCAAGGGUGCCUGUCCUUUAGCUUACCCAAGGCAUAGGGUUUGGAUACAGAAGGGUAAAUCACCCAGUAAAGUUGCUUCCUACCCAUGAAAGUGACUCUUUCUUACCCACCAAAGCCCCCAAAAGGUCCGCUGAGGAGGAGAAGCACACCGUGCUGUGUAAACUGCUUCUUACAGGCUCACAAAG